AUGAUGGGCAAAGCUGUGGCUGCUGUCCUGACUCUUCUCCUCAUCUCUGCGCUUGGAGCUGAAGGUAAGGCCCUGCCGCGCUCAGCGAUUGAACUCCGGUGCCAGUGCCUGGACACCCAUUCCAGGUUCAUCCACCCCAAGUUCAUCCAGAAUGUCAACCUCACCCCCAGUGGACCUCACUGCAAGAACGUUGAAGUCAUAGCUACCCUGACAGAUGGCAGAGAGGUAUGCCUGGAGCCCUCAGCUCCCUGGGUGAAGCUGAUCAUCAAGGCCAUUCUGGACAAGUGA